UUUUGGGGGUGGGUGGCAUGAAAAAGCUCUUUAUGAAAGCCAUAUAAACGUCAAAUAUUUCGGAUUUUGAUUCACAUUUCAUUGUGAGAUAUAGUUCGUUGCUUCGCAUCUGUGGAUGACACUGGAUCACAAUUUCAGCACCUGGACAGUUCCUGGUCAUUAACCUAUACUGGACACAUGGAGUCCAUAGCGUGUUUAUGGGGAAACCCUGUGAGCAGGCGCGAUUUGUGCACUAUAUUGGCCUCCUUCCGCUGCAAAGAUGCCAUUAUCUGAAUAUGUGGAUCGUGGUGGACAUUUAAUAGCACCUUCGUGAAGGAUGAGGCUUGCAGUAAGGAUCGGGCUUUUUCGUUGUGCCCUGUAUUCUAAGCAGCAGCACGGGUACUUGGCCAAUGCAAAUCUGGAGAGGAUUGCAGCAGCCUACUCCCAGCAAGAACCGAGCCUCGCUCACACUGAUCAUUGACAAGGGAGACAUUACCAUCAUCAUUAGGAGGGCAUGGGAGUCACGACCAUACUUUCAACAAUGUAGAGCAUUAAAGGUGUGAUAUGAGCCAAGUCUCUAAUCUCUGUUGAAAUCAGGAGUAACAAUCGUGUCGACAUCCAUUCACAGAAACAAUACAGCAACAUGAGCAAGAACCAGGCCCCUCCCCAGGCCCAGGCCCAGGCCAGAGCCUCAGAGCUGGAGGUGAUCUCCCAGCAGGUGGAGGAGGACAACCAGUGUCAAAAUCCAGUCCAGCUAGGCAGCUUUGCUUACAGAGACCUGCCUCUGGCCGCACUGGACAUCUCCCUGGCCGGUUCCCAGCUCAUCUCCAACCUGGACGAAGAGGACAACAGAGAGGGGUCUAACUGGCUGAAGCCGUGCUGUGGGCGGAGGGCAGCCCCGUGGCAGGUGUGUCUGCUGAGCGCUGGCUUUAACUGUUUCGUGGUGGCCUGUGUCAUCCUGGUGGUGGUGCUGCUGUGUCUGGAGCUGCUCAUCGACACCAAGCUCCUGCAGUUUAACAACGCGUUGCUGUUUGCCAGCAUUAUCCACUGGAUCAGCCUGGUCAUUCUGUCUGUGUUCUUUGCUGAGACGGUGUUUAGGAUUGUGGUGCUGGGGAUCUGGGAUUACAUUGAGAACAAAGUGGAGGUGUUUGAUGGUGCAGUCAUAGUGCUGUCGCUGGCCCCCAUGGUGGCCUCAACGGUGGCCAACGGCCCCAGCAGCCCCUGGGACGCCAUUGGCCUCAUCAUCACCCUGCGCAUCUGGAGGAUCAAGAGGAUAAUCGACGCCUACGUGCUGCAGGUGAAGGUGGAGAUGGAGAUGGAGAUCCAGCAGUAUGAGAAGGCCAAGGCUGUCAGGGAGGAGCAGCUGGAGAGACUUACCCAGAUCUGCCAGGAGCAGGCAUUUGAGAUCAGGCAGCUGCGGGCCCAUCUGGCUCAGCAGGAUUUGGACCUGGUAGCAGAGCGAGAGGCUGCCAUGCAGAUUCACCAUGUGUGGGGCAAGCAGAGCAGUAUCUUUCAGGAGGUGGACGGCCUAGCCCCUACGGGCCCCGAGCAGCGCAGCCAGGCUAAAGCCAGGGAGGCAGCGGGCCAUAGAGAUCAUGUUGUUCAAGACGACAUGAACAACUACAUCAGCCAGUACUACAGUGAGGCAAGCAGUGAUAUUGGAAUCCCAGAUCCAGCUCGUGUCAUCACCACAGCCAUAGACAUCCAUCUUCCCAACAAUCCCAGCCAGCAGCCCUCGUCUCUGGUGAGUGCAGACGCAGCGUCCAGCUGCCUGCAGCCGACAGGCGGCUCUGUGAGCAGGGCCUCCAACGCCACCAUGUCCCACUCCAGCUUCAGUGCCCGCCAGCACAGCAUCAGCAGCCACACCCUUGGCUCCACCACCGACUGCAGCUCCACCGUCCGUGAGGCUUCCACCUCCACAGACUCCUACAGUGGCCAGCGCUGUUACCCCCCACCCUACUGCAGCCCCCUGGCUCUGGGCACACAGCCUGGCCCCAGAGGACACCCCAGCGCCGUGGUGCAGGAGUUGCUCUCCUCUCUGUCUGAGGACUCCUGUCUGGGCCAGAAGGGCCUGGACCCUGUCAAUCUCAAACUGCCCAGCCCUGCUGGCUCCACCAAGACCAGCCCUGAGCUGGAGCACAGGCUCAACAUCUACAACAAGAGGAACCAGGAGAGCCGGGGAGGCUUCCACACCAAGCCCCUCAUCCACCUGCAGGCCAGUGAGCCCUUCAUGGAGGAGAAGUACAGGCUGUCUCAGGCAGAUGCCCCCGUCAACCGUCUGCCUGAGACAUAG